AUUCAAAAUUUACGAGGAGCACACAAAAAAUCUCCAUUGAAACCUAGGCAACCUGCGCAGUUCCAAACUGGAAAGAAGAAACACUGGUGGUAGGAAUUCACACCGGCGCAGUGAACCAGUUCCAGUCUUCUAUAUCGAAGUUUACCGCGCCUAGUGUAAUCCAGCGAAAACAACACAGCCUCAACCGAAUGUUGCCUUUGUUUCAUGAGCGCCAAAGACAGAAGUAAUCUGUGCAAAAAGAUUGUGCUCUUAUGGAGGUACCUAAGUAUACAUACAUACAUACAUAAACACAAACAUACAUACAAACAUACUUUAGUACAUACAUACAUACUUGCAUACAUACAUCGUGAUCUUGAUCCUGCUGCCAAGUCUCGCUACAUACACACAUACAUACAAGAAACAGACCUAGAUACACCCACUCUUAUGUUGUAACCCAUCCACCCAGUGAUACAUAUGCUGUUUUGUCUUCGUUAUUUCUUCCAUUUGGUUUCUAUAUGUCUGGUUCACACAGGAUUCAGCGGAAUAUCCGAUGUAGUAUCAUCGAAGAGGAUCGAUUCGGUCGCACAGGAGCAACCCUGAGGUCGUCAAUUAACAUCAUUGGUGGACUUGAUAUUUCGUUCAGCAGCAACGACAACCAGACGGCCGUGGCUGCGCUAUCGCUAUAUAACUACGGUACCAUGCAACACAUGCAUACAUUUAAGAUUCCCGUCAAAAUAACCGUACCAUACAAAUCCGGCUUUUUGGCGUAUCGAGAAGUCGAGCAUUAUGUCACGUUGCUGGAGACACUUAAGAAGGAACACCCCCAGUGGAAGCCACAGGUGCUUUUGGUGGAUGGCAAUGGAAUUUUGCACCACAGAGGCUGUGGUUCAGCCAGCCAUCUAGGAGUUGUGGCUGACGUGCCCACCAUUGGUGUAGCCAAAAAACUUCUUAUUCCAGCGGUUCAAGCCCGAAGUGAGCGACAAUUCCGAGAAGACAAUAUCAAACACCUUUGCCAAAACAGAGGCACGGCUCCAGUGAUUGGAAAGGGCAAGACCGGCAUCAUUGGAGUAGCCAGCGUCAACAAAGGUGGAUCAACACCCGUCUAUAUUUCAGUGGGCCACAGAGUGUCUCUGAAUACUGCAGUUAGAAUAGUCCAGCAGUGCUAUCGAGGCAAUUGUAGAAUUCCAGCUCCUAUAGACAGUGCUGAUCAAGAAUCCCGGCAACAGAUUGGUGCAAGAACGAGAGAUACUCGCCCGCGUGUGAAUGCCAAGCCUAGAGAUCGCAACAGUUACCACGGACCAGUGCAGCAGGUCGACAUGGACACGUCUGGCGGCAAGGAUUCCACGACUUCCACCACACAUGACGUUCAGCAGGAGACUCCGAAUACAGCUCCACUGAAGGCACAGCCAUCAGAUAACGCCCAAGGGACUCCUGGUUUCCCUGCUCGUCUACGUGGCAAAGCAGCUCACAACUCCCCAGACGACGAGGGCUUCACCUCGGCUACUGGAAAACAUACAUUCAAGCCCAAGCCAUCAGCUAACGCCCAAGGGACUCCGUGUUUCCCUGCUCGUCUACGUGGCAAAGCAGCUCACACCUCCUCAGACGACAAGGGCUUCACCUCGGCUACUGGAAAACAUACAUUCAAGCCCAAGGCAUCCCCGUCAGUGCAACACAUCACCCGAUCCACAGGUAACAUGGGCUACGGAAGCAUCAGCCACCAAGAGGGAGAGGCAUUUGGAACGCAUUGCAGCUACCCGCAGAGGAAGCGCUAGUGCAAUCAAGCAAAAACUGGAUGCUGCCACCCGGGAUUCGUCUUCGAACAGCGACCCUGAUGAGGUUCCUGUCGCUAUGGGCAAGCGGAAGGCUACCCAAGCAACGCCAACCAGGGAUAACCUUGAUGAUUAUGUUCUUCUACACUUUGUCAUGUGAUAAUUGUCAACUCGCUUGCUAGCCUUCCUACUUUGUUGUAUCCCAUUUAUUUUAGUAUUCCUGAUGUGUGUCCAUACCCCUGCUUGAUGAUUUAACUCCAGUUUCUUUCAUUGGCUACCUUUAAUUCCGUACUCCACUGAUGAUAGGGACAGAAGAUAUAUUUCUCGCCGGCCGAGCGGAGCGAGUGAGGUUAGAAAUGAUUUCUCGCGCAACAAAAUUAUUUUUCUUCCGAAUAUGGAAUCUGGUGUUUUCUCUUUUUGUUGCUGUUCUUUUUGCCUGACUUCUUCAGUCAGUUUUUUAUGUCUCACCAGUGUCCCCACCCUCCCACGUUUCAUGUCUGCCCGUCUUUUUCCCUUUCUUUCUUGGCUGUAAAUAUGUUGUGCCAGUUUAAUGCUGCCAUAUUACCACUUGGGGUUAUACACCCGGUCUUUUCCCUCAUUCGUGCGUUCGUCGGCGCGAGGGUUUUUUCCCGGCUGGCUCGGUCCAGAGAAAUUAAUCUGACGGUCCCAAGUGGUGCAAUGCAAUCACUUUUCCUCCGAGGGUCUGUCUCCCUGUUGUUGCUCCUAGUUUCGUCUGCAUUCCGGUUCACAUCUGGCUACGGCCUACUACCCUCACUCUGUGUGCUCUCCUGCCUCUGUGGUCUGGGUCCAUGUCCUUAUGUCGAUGUAUGUGGAGCGAGAACAUCGGUUCUGGAUUAUAAUAUUCCUGAUACACUACUACUAGGAUAAACAUACAUAUCGAACAGGAAACUUACCUGUGGUUGCGUGAUGUAUGCAGCCUUCAUUUUAUUUACAGCUCUAUUAAAGUUAUUAACUCCUCGAGGGUUGUUAAAACCGAAAAUGAAUAGAAAAUAUGAAGUUCAAAUCAGGUUCCAGAUCCGUGACUGUCUCAAGUCGCCUUGUAUGCUUUCGUACAUGUCUAGUCUUACCCUUACAAUUGGUAGAGGUUUGGUUUUCUGUAGAACAAGAGGUCAAACCGACAUGUAUGCAUAACCGUACCUUGACCAGCGCUUUAUCUGUUUGCCACAAAUAUGGCGCUUGUUUGACGCCUUGCUUGAAACUUCGGCUGUUGGAGGAAUUUUGCACACCUUAGUUGAUCUCACAUGGAUGCAGCUAAUGGGAUUUCGGUCUUUGACCACUUGGUGGUGGGUCUGAUCUACUCACCUCCCACCGUUUAGGCGCUGCAUCUGCGCCUUUGAUCCUAGAGGGUGGUGGCGUUCCCACGGCGGAUGCGGAAAACUCGGCUUCCAGCCGAGUCUCACGCGAACCGUGAAAUUUAUUUUUAGUUGAUCUCACCAGUACAGACUGUAUAUUGCCGAAAUCCAUAGUCUAUUGCCAGUGAAAAGCACUAAUUAUUCCAGAGAACAAUGUCUUAGAACUCAGCCAUCUGAAUUCUCCACCGAGCAAAAAAACGCGUUACAUGUAUACAUUGUUUGUUUGUUUGAAGUUUUAUUUUACAUCGCAAACCAAACGGGCAUUGAUGCCCAAUAUUAUGAUGGCGAUAGAAUAAAAAGUGUGGCUCGAUAAAGCUGCACUUGAGAAAAUGGGAAAAUAGUCAAUAGGAAGUAUUUGUACCGGUAAUUACAAGUCAAAAUCGAACGAAGUAACAAUCAGAGAGAAAUAGCAAGAUGAGGUCCUAUGCCAGAGGGAGGUGCUAUUUGGCCAUAUUAACCGUAGAAAAACACUUUCAGCAAUCCUUUAAACGAGGUUGGACGACGAGUGGACGUGAGUUCCUGUGGCAGGGUGUUCCAAAGCUUCACGGCAGAAACCAAUGGUCGGCUGUCGCCAGAUGUUCGCCGAGUUAGUGGAACAACG